AUGGCCUCCGUCACUGAUGCUCCUGCAACCACCACUGGCAGCAAACGCAAGAUGAGGCAUCUGUCACCGUCCGCACCAGUGCCUUCACCCGCAAAAAGGCAGAAGCCCGAAGACAGCGACGACAUAUUCUCGCCGACAGCACACACUGACUCCACCGCAUCCGAUACUCCCGCAGACGAUGCUCACGCCAGUCACCGACCCGACGAGACUCCUGGUAAGCCCUACCGCAACAAAGGAAAGCACGUCGAGAAAACCAGGACACCAACCGAAGUGCUCCAGUCGCUGUCGAAACUCAGAGAAACACUCGCCGUGACACGUGCCACGAACAACGUGUUUGUCCUCGUGCAACCCGUGUAUCUCAAGAGGGCAUUCCCUUCGAACAUCGCCGAACGUCUGGACCACGUCUCGAUCGCCACCGCACAUGACAUCAUCAAUCUCGCGACCGCAGACCCCACAGCACUCCACUUUGUCACCAUCGGAGCCUCCGACUACCUUCAGCUCAAGACGAGCACCCAUCUCACGCUCUUCUCUGUCGUCGGCUCCGUUACCCACAGCGACCUGAUCAGUCCGAGCGGUCGCAGCCGUCAACUCUGCGUUGCACCAUCAGCACUCACCUGGCCACGUGCGGCCGCCGUCCUGGGUGCCAUUCUCAACAGACGAACACUCGUCUUCCCGUCGUUCCAUGCCGGCCUCUCCUUCUCGACAAGGUUGACCACUGGCACCUCAAACACUCCAACCAAGAUCCGCGGCAUGGCUCCCGCCACUCCGGUGAACGCACAACGCGGUCCACCCCCCGUGCUGCCGGCCGAUCGAGAUGUGUCGACUUUCGACGGGUGUAAGCCCUUCAAGUUCUCCAUGCGCUCCAUAUCGAUGCUUCCCAAAAUCCACGACGAUCUCUCCACAGAGUCUGCCGUCCUCCUGCUCUUCACUCUUGGGAAGUACAUCAAGAGCCACCCUGAACUCGACGACGAAAACGCCGACACCACUAUCUCCCUCAACAUCCAAUCCAUCGUCCUUCUCGCCAAUCCGGGAUCGAUGCCCCGCGGCUUCCUCGAAGACGAGCCCAUGCCCCUCCUCGGAGUCUUCCGACCGAAUUCCGAGCCUGACCAACGCCACUCGGAUGACAGCGACGACGAUGAUGCCUCGCUUGUCUAG